AUGAAAAAUAUUUUCGUAUUAACUUUUAUUGCUGUUGCAACAAUUCAUGCAGCUCCAAGUAUUGAUAAGGAUGUUAAAGUCAAAACUUUUGAUUUGACUAACAAGUUGUCAGGAAAAUUCAAUCAAGACAAACUCAAUGAAAUUGUACAGAAAAUGAUUCAACAACACGCAGCUCCAGGCGACAGUGAUCCACAGGAACAACAUUAUGACAAAGUCGCAGUAUUGAAGAAGAUGCUAAAGAAGGAAAUGAAGCUCCCUGAAGCUUUGAAAGCUGCAAAUGCUAUUCAGACUCAAACUGAUAGUGAGAGGGAAGCCGAUUUAAAGAAAAGAUUUGAAGUUAAAAUGGGAGAAGCUAAAGCAAGAAUGUCAAGAAACUUUCCAAUGUCAGAUAGCAACGAAAAGACUUUGCAAUCGAAGUUUGAAGAAAAGAUGAAGAGUUUGAUAGCAAGAAAAUCUCUGUAA